AUGGCGUCGCCCGGCUCCCUGUGGCUGCUGGCCGCGGCUCUGGUGCCCUGGUCCUGCGCCGCCCCGGCGCUGGAGCUUCGCGACCCGCCCGCGCCGCGGCCGUUGGUCAUCUGGCAUGGGAUGGGAGACACCUGUUGUAAUCCCCUGAGCAUGGGUGUCAUUAAAAAAAUGGUGGAGAAGAAAAUACCUGGAAUUUACGUCUUGUCUUUAGAGAUUGGGAAGAACAUGAUGGAGGAUAUGGAAAACAGCUUCUUCUUGAAUGUCAACUCCCAAGUGUCAACAGUAUGUCAGAUUCUUGCUAAGGACCCUAGGCUACAGCAAGGCUACAAUGCUAUGGGAUUCUCCCAGGGAGGCCAAUUUCUGAGGGCAGUGGCUCAGAGAUGCCCAUCACCUCCCAUGAUCAAUCUCAUCUCAGUUGGGGGACAACAUCAAGGUGUCUUUGGACUCCCUCGAUGCCCAGGAGAGAGCUCUCAUGUCUGUGACUUCAUCCGAAAAACACUUAAUGCAGGGGCUUACUCCAAAGUUGUCCAAGAACGCUUGGUACAAGCAGAAUACUGGCAUGAUCCCAUAAAGGAGGAUAUAUACCGGAACCACAGCAUCUUCUUGGCAGACAUAAACCAGGAGAAGAGUGUCAAUGAGACCUACAAGAAGAACCUGAUGGCCCUCAAGAAGUUCGUGAUGGUGAUGUUCCUCAACGACUCCAUUGUGGACCCUGUGAUCUCCGAGUGGUUUGGAUUCUAUAGAAGUGGCCAAGCCAAGGAAACCAUUUCCCUCCAGGAGACUCCUCUAUACACAGAGGACCGCCUGGGGCUACAGCAAAUGGACAAAGCAGGACAGUUGGUGUUUCUGGCAGUAGAAGGGGACCAUCUUCAACUGUCUGAAGAGUGGUUUUAUGCCCAUAUCAUACCCUUUCUCAAAUGAAGCAUUCUUGUGGGUUGCAUUGGAGCUUGGGGAGACUAGCUUUUCCAAGCCGUGUGGAGUUUUCUUCAUGCCCACCCCUGAACUCUGAUACAGCUUGUAACUAGUCUUUCUCUACUGUUAUCUAACAUGCCCUACUUGGAAAGAUCUAAGAUCUGAAUCUUAUCCUUUGCUGCCUCCUAUCACCAUAUGGUGUUGAAUUCAAGUUUAAUUAGCUAGUAACUGUGGAGCUUCUUUUACCACCAAGGUCAAGCGCAGGCUUUGGAGAGGGCACUACAGCAGCUGCAGGUCUAUGAUGGCACCCAGGCCAGGCCUGAAAGGAGACUGAAUCAGUGAAAGCUGUGAGUUUCGGGAGAACAGGCUUGAGGUGCUUCCUUACUUCCUCAGUGUUGCGGGUGCAGGAAGUCCUUGCGAAGUACCGUGCGGAUGUCUAUGCACCAUUUCUUUUUCUGUGGUACUUAGGGCAGAACUCAGGAUCUUACAUAUGCUAGGCAACCAUUUUACCCUCAACCCAACUGCAUGAUUUCUUAAAGCUGCUUUCCUCUGAGUAUGCGGCCUUCUUGCAACCUUAGCAAUUACUAGCCAGAUUUCACAGGCCUAUCAUCGGGCCUUUACAGCUCACUUUGUCUCCUCUGGUAGCCAAGAGUUAGUCUUUUGACACAAAAGGGAAGAACUGGGUUGCUAACAAAUGUACAUCUUGCAUAACUCACGACAGUGGGGGAGUUGAUGAAACCAUGGGAGUGGAAGUGAAGAGGAGGAAGUUCUCAUUCCUCCUUUGACUGCUCUUAGAACAAGUGGUCUGCUUGUUGGUUAGGCACUGCUGACAUGCGCAAAGAGGAAGAAUGAUCUGAAAAAGACGUGGUUUUUAAACACCCCCCCCCAAUCAAAUUUACUAGCACACCAAACUGUUGCUGGUAUAUUGUGUGAAAAAGAUCGAUUUUACUCAAAAAACCUUGACCGCUUUGCACUUCCCUUCCCUUUUGGAGAUCAACCAUAUUAAAAACUGAAUAUCUCUGAUGGUUACUAAAGAACACUGGCCACCAGUCCACCAUCGGCUACACUGUCUCAGCACUGAAACGUUCACCCAUCAACACUGGAUGCUCUCUAUAGAGUGCCAGUUUAGAGAAAUGAUUGUUUCCAAUGACAGCAUCUUGUCAGAUUUUACCCUUAAUCACAUUCGCCCCUUUCCUCUAUCCAACUUUACUCUUCAAGUAAAAGGUAAUGAAGGGCAAAAAGUGGGAGGAUGUGAAAAUCAUCUUAUGAAGUCAUCAAAAAUAAAGAGUAGUUUCUUA